AUGAUCAGUGUUGGUCACAGGAAAGAUGAAAUUUCUAUCAUUGAAUCAUUGGUCUAUCUUUUCAUUGAUCAAUGAUCAAUGCCACUGCCAUUUAUCAUAAGCACAUUAUCUACUUUUCUGCAUCGCCCCGUUUCGUGUAAACCGUUCGACCCUUAACUUCGAACUUCAUCAUAGUGGUGCAUAGAUACAUUGAUUUGAAGAUAUAUGGAUACUCCUCAUUCUUCUUCUUGCAUCAUUGUUGCUUGUGAUGCCACAAGGGACCGCAAUGAGCACGAGAUGAAGAUCGUUAUCGAUCAUGUUCGAGCCAGGGAUAUCAUGCUCACUUCUGGUGACAGGUUGCUUGUGCUAUGCAUCUUGCAUAAGGUGUCUCAUCCCAUGGGGUACCAGACAUUAGCAUCUCCUGAGGCUUUUGCCGGCACCAACUUUCGAGCAAUGGAGGGAGAAGUCAGAAAAAAAGUGCAUGGUUAUGCGAAUGUGCUUUUAUCUACUCUUGAAGAUUUUGAUAUCCAAGGGGUUACUGUUGACAUUCAAGUCACCGCGGGUUUUCCAAUCAGACAGGUUAUUUUACAAGAGAUUAAGAACUAUAAUGGAUCUUGGAUUGUACUUGAUAGACACCUUCGGCGCGACAUGAGAUACCAUCUUAACAAGAUACCAUGUAAGGUAGCAUUGGUUAAAGAUGAUUUGUCCGUGGAUAUAUGGAGAUCUCACAAUGCUCAUGACACAAAUGUCACAGCAACCAAGCCGGUCUUUUCUUUGUCCAAGUUUGUAUCAUUAUCAGAUUGCCAUAGUAUACAAGAUAUUGAGCAGUCUAUUAUCUCUUGCAAAAGUUAUCCACAUUCCUUAGCUUCUUCUGAUAGCUCUGGUACUAUUAAGAGCUAUUCAACGCAUUCUUAUGCCAACAGUUCAUUACAUUCUGGAUCUUCUUCUAAACAUGAAAGAUCAGGUCAGGAUCGUACAAGCAUCAAAGGAGAGUAUAGACAUCUCAUUACAUCUCAGAUUGGUCAAAAGCAAAACCAAAGUGGUUUUCUACCAAAAUCUUCAGAUGCACCAAUUCUAUGUGUAGGCUGUGGAAUAAGGACAGAGUUAUCUAUCAAAGAGUCCAACAGGUUCAGCUACUCUGAAAUACAGGUUGCAACAAAUGACUUUUCAAAGGAUAACUUAAUAGGUGAAGGUGGAUAUGGCCAUGUAUAUAAGGGUGUGCUUAAAGACGGGCAGCAAAUUGCUGCAAAAGUAAGGAAAGAAGAAAGUGCACAAGGAUUUUCUGAAUUCCAUUCGGAGGUUUAUAUCUUGAGUUUUGCUAGACACAAGAAUAUAGUGAUGCUGUUGGGUUACUGUUGCAAAGAAAAUAAAAAUAUUCUCAUAUAUGAAUAUAUUUGUAAUAAGUCUCUUCAUUGGCAUUUAUUCGAAAAUAAUGAUGCGGUUCUUGAUUGGCCUCAAAGAUACGGCAUUGCACUCGGGACUGCAAAGGGGUUGCGAUUUUUACACGAAGAAUGUAGAGGUGGUCCUAUUAUUCAUAGGGACAUGCGACCGAGCAAUAUACUUCUCACUCAUGAUUUUGUUCCCAUGCUAGGUGAUUUUGGCCUUGCGAAAUGGAUUACAAGUGGCGAUCCUCUUGAAACAAGGAUAAUGGGCACAUUAGGAUACCUUGCUCCCGAGUAUGCUGAAGAUGGCAUAGUUUCUGAAGGGACAGAUGUGUAUUCUUAUGGCGUUACUUUGUUACAAUUGAUAUCAGGGCGUCAAGUGGGUAAUCCAGAUCAGCAACAACAAUCUCUUCGACAAUGGGCUGAACCAAUGAUUGAGAAAUUGGCUUUACAAGAACUGAUUGAUCCGCGUUUGGGAGAAUCUUAUGACACAUAUGAACUAUACCUUAUGGCUAAAGCAGCAAAUUUCUGCAUGCAAAGGAACCCCGAGAUGCGUCCGUCAAUGAGAGAGGUAUCUUCAUUUCAUUACUUUGGCCUUAAUUCUACAUCAAGGGAAAUUUAUACUAAUGAUUAAUUUACAGGUUGUGCGGUUUCUUGAGGGAGAAAGUUACCAUUUCAAUACCUAGAAGAUCAAUUUAUAUCAAACCAUAAAACUUGAUCAAGGAGUUUUUGUCUACUCAUCAAUAUAUAUGUUGAUAUAUUGGUUAAGUUUGUGAGUGCUAUAGCUUAUUUGUAAACAUGAAUAAUAUUUUAUCUUUAGGGCAAUUUUGUGGUAAGAAAAGACUAAAAUGAUUGACGAUAAAUUGAUUUGUCGACCAAUCUUUGAUCUGACCUUAAACAAG